AUUCGACAGUGUCUUAAAUAAUCUAACAUCAAGAAUAUUGGAAAGUGUGAAUAAUAUAUAAUGUUUUUCACAAUCUUCUUGAGUCUCUUUAUACUUUUGUUCAUAUUGCACUGUUUUAUAAGAUAUGGAAGAGUGGGAAGAAUCUCCAGUCAAAUUCCUGGACCGAAAGCAUAUCCGAUAAUAGGAAAUUUACACCACUUUCAACUUGGGAAUGAAGAAAUUCUUGAAAAAUUUUGGAAAACGAAUGACGAAUUUUAUCCCAUCCACAGAAUAUGGUCCUUUUUCUUUUCAUUAGUAACUUUACUUCAUCCGGAAGAUGUCGAGACACUUUUAAAAAGUACCGAACAUCUAGAAAAAGUUAUACCUUACAACUUCUUACGACCCUGGCUAUCCACUGGACUAAUAACUAGUUCGGGUGAUAAAUGGAAACAACGACGAACAAUCUUAUUACCUACCUUCCACUUUAACAUACUUAAACACUUCGUCGUCACUUUAAACGAGGAAGCACAAUAUCUUGUAACAUCACUGAAGGAGGAAGGAAACGGAGAAUCGAUCGUUAAAGAUUUACAGAAAUUGAUACCCAGACAU